GCUGUGGGGAGCUUGAUAUGCAAAAACCACGAUCCGCUUUCACAACAGGGAGAAAUGAGGCCUUGUCAGGUCACACGCAGAUAAGCAUAUGUACUCAUUGGACUUAUAGCUUCAGCCAGGGAGCUGCUAUUUUAACACUCACACACAAUGGCCUCGCUGUGUAAUGGGACAUCGGUAUGGGACACAAACCUGACCUGGUACAACACAUGGCCACAGUUCACAGACUGCUUCCAGUCCACGGUGUUGGUGUGGGUGCCAUGUGGAUGGCUGUGGCUGACGUCGCCGUUCUAUCUCUACUACCUCCUGAACGUAACACCGACGUCACUUUCAUCAAGGCAUAAAUAUAUAGCAAAACUGAUCCUGUGCUCAUGCCUUGUCAUACUAUCUGUCAUUCGACUCAUCGACUCCGCAGACAGUUACAACACCACCAUCUUCUCUGCCUUGUUCAUUGCUCCUGCAGUCCAGGCAGUUACCUUUCUGUUUGCUGUAUUGCUGCUGCUCCUGGAGAGGAAGAAAGGCCUCAUCACUUCCGGGGUGAUGUUCACCUUCUGGCUGCUGCUCACAGUGGCUGGCAUCGUCCCCUUCUACUCCAUCAUCUUCAAGAAGCAAUACGAACGAAACAUCCUCAAAGUUGUAACUUUCUACAUAUACUAUGGUCUAGUAUUGUUAGAGCUGAUCCUGAGCUGUUUUGCAGAGACGUCUUCAGGUUGGACUUUGCAGGACAAGAAACUGUGUCCUGAAGUAUUUGCUUCCUUUGUCUCAAGGAUUACCUUUUGGUGGAUGAACAGCUUAUUACUGAGGGGAUAUCGGAAGCCUUUGACAGAAACAGACGUCUAUGACAUUCAUCCGGAUGAAUCGUCCGUCCACACCGUAACACGGUUUCUGCCACGAUGGGUCAAAGAGAUAAACAAGUCCAAGAGAAGAGCAAACAGGAGAGACAGAGACAAGAAAGUGUUAUAUUCUAAAACACUUAAUGAAUCUCUGAGUCUGGAUGCUGAUGAUGAAAAGGCCCCCUUGUUGAUAAAAGACAAAACGAUGAAGAUGACAGAAGCGGAUUUGACUCCCACAACUACCAAAUUGUCUCUCAUAGUGACGUUGUGGAAGACGUUCUGGUUCGACAUUAUUCAGAGUCAGCUAUGGAGAUUUGUGAGCGAUAUGGUUAAGUUUGCUAGUCCUUUGAUACUCGGCCUGCUCGUUAACUUCACAACAGAUGGGACAAUACCCACGUGGAAAGGUUAUGUAUUGUGUGCCAUCCUCUCUGUCGCAACUUUAACUGGGACAGCAUUUUCUCAAGCCAACUGGCACCAAGGGAGAAAGGUAGCACUGCGGAUCGCUGCUGUCACCAUAUCUGCAAUAUACAGAAAGUCUUUGAGGAUGAGCAACAAGGCCAAGAAAAAUUCGACAACUGGGGAAAUUGUGAAUCUGAUGUCUGUGGACGUAGAACAUUUGCGCACGUUCAUUUUCUGGGCCUGGGAAGCGUGGGCGCAUCCUCUUAGAAUUGUUAUUGCCCUGUAUCUCCUGUACCAGUCUCUGGGAACCUCCGUUAUUGCUGGGAUGGCGGUGUUAUUUCUAUUGUUGCCCGUCACCACUAUUUCCACAUUAAAGUGGAAAAAGUAUCAGGCUCAAAUGAUGGAACAGAAGGACAAGAGGAUGAAGAUCAUGAAUGAAGUACUCAGUGGAAUAAAGAUUCUAAAACUAUAUGCCUGGGAACCGUCAUUCCAAGAGAGGAUCCUUGAAAUCCGGAAGCAAGAACUUCACAUUCUGUGGAAGAUCUCCCUCAUGGAGGUUUUCACCACCUUCUCCUGGACCCUGAGUCCCUACCUCGUAUCGCUAGCCACGUUCGCGACAUAUAUCUUCAUAUCUGAAGAUCACUAUCUCCGACCCGAUGUCGUCUUUACUGCGAUGUCACUCUUAAGCAUCGUCAGACUGGCGGUCGUCAGUUUGCCUUCUUUCUUCUCAGAUUUAGUUCAGGCUAUGGUGUCACUUAGGAGAAUAAACAAGUUCCUCAAUACAGAAGAUUUGGACGAUACACAGAUCCUGUGGAACUCCACACAGAAUGCUGCACUGACGAUUACAGACGGAUGUUUUCAGUGGACUUCUGAACAAGGACCAACUCUCACAAAUAUCAACUUGACUGUUGACGAAGGUCAGCUUGUAGCAAUCGUAGGUCAAGUUGGAUCGGGAAAAUCUUCACUUGUAUCUGCAGUAUUGGGCGAGAUGAACAAGGUCAACGGCCAUGUUAGUCUUAAGAGUCACGUGGCUUACGUGCCCCAGAUUGCAUGGAUCCAGAACGACACCCUGCAGAACAAUAUUCUGUUCGGGAAGCCCAUGGACAGACAGUGGUACGACAAAGUGGUAGAGUGCUGCGCUCUGAAUCCAGAUCUGGAGAUGUUACCAGCUGGUGAUAUGACAGAGAUUGGGGAGAGAGGCAUCAACAUGAGCGGAGGACAGAAGCAGAGGGUGUCUCUAGCCAGAGCAGUCUACAACAAUGCUGACAUAUAUCUGCUGGAUGAUCCACUCAGUGCUGUCGACAGUCAUGUGGGGAAACACAUAUUUGACAAGGUCUUAAGUAGAAAAGGGUUGCUUGCAGGCAAGACUCGUAUCUUGGUCACUCACGGCAUUCACUGGCUCCCAGAGGUGGACUCUAUCCUUGUGAUGACCAGUUGCCAGAUAUCAGAAACAGGGACAUAUGACCAGCUUCUUCACCACAAUGGACCCUUUGCCCAGUUCCUACAGAAAUAUCUUGAGAGCAAUGAUUCCGAUGUCAAGGAUCCCGAAUUUACUGAAAUAAAGAAGAAAGUUCUACAACGACUGGAAUCGGUGAAAUCUGGCGAGGAGACUGACGAAGAGAGUGUCACACUAAUGAAGUCCCUGAUGAAGAGCACAGAGCUGAAACAAGUCGAACUACCGAAGGAGAAAGAACCUGUGAGCGAGAGCAGUAAACUGAUUGAGGAAGAACAAGUGGAGACUGGCAAGGUGACAUUGAGUGUGUUUCUGGCAUACGGCAGAGCUAUAGGCCUUUGGAUUGUGUUAUUCUCUCUCAUCAUGUACGCGUUAUUUCAAGCAACGUCGAUAACCGCAAAUACAUGGCUUAGCAAAUGGACUGAUGACACCUCCCUCAACAACAUGACCCUUCUUCCUUCAAAUAGCUCAGGACGAAUCGAGAAAAAUAAUUACUAUCUUGGAGUCUAUGGUGUCUUGGGUGUAGCUCAGACUGUUUUCAUCAUGACUUUUUCCUUUCUGUGGAACCUAAAGACGGUCAAAGCUUCUGGUAUUCUCCACUUAAACAUGCUGAGGAAUGUUCUGAAAGCACCAAUGUCCUUCUUUGACACCACGCCUACGGGCAGGAUUGUCAACAGAUUCUCCCAGGACAUGGAUACCAUCGACACCAGAAUGCCGAGUUUGGUGGAGUACGCCACCAACACAUUGUUCCAAGUCCUCAGCAGCAUCAUCGUCAUCUCCUUCACCACGCCUAUAUUUCUCGUCGUUGUUGUCCCAUUGGUCGUUCUAUACUACUUUAUUCAGCGCUUCUACGUAACCACCUCACGGCAGCUGAAACGAUUAGAGUCCAAAGCUCGCUCCCCGAUAUACAGCCAUUUUGGGGAGACAUUAUCAGGGGCCAGUGUCAUCAGAUCCUUUCAAGCUCAGUCAAGGUUCAUCAAGGAAUCCGAAGACCGGGUAGACACAAACCAGAGGUUCUCCUUUUACGCAUUUGGUGCUCUCAGAUGGCAAGGUGUACGUCUGGAGAUUAUCGGAAAUAUCAUCGUUCUGGCCGCCUCCCUGUUUGCAGUCAUGUCACGUGACACCCUGUCAGGAGGUCUUGUAGGCUUGUCGAUCACCUAUGCUAUUGAGAUUACCGCUAACCUGAACUGGAUGGUGCAGCUGGUUUCAGAAGUAGAGACACAGAUCGUUGCCGUGGAGAGAGUCAAAGAGUACACGGAAAUAGAUUCAGAGCCGGCAUGGAAUGUACCCGAGAGACGUCCAAAUAAGGACUGGCCACAGACAGGGGUAGUGAAGUUCCUCGACUACUCAACUCGGUAUAGAGACGGCCUUGACCUUGUACUCAAGGGAAUCACGUGUACUGUGCAUUCCAAGGAAAAGGUGGGCAUCGUAGGCAGGACGGGAGCGGGGAAGUCCUCUCUGACUCUGUCCCUGUUCCGGCUGAUAGAAGCUGCAGGAGGGGAGAUCAACAUAGAUGGCGUUGACGUCAGUACACUCGGGCUGCAUGAUCUUAGGAGCAAACUCACCAUCCUGCCUCAGGAUCCUGUAUUGUUUGCUGGAAGUCUGCGAGAUAAUGUUGACCCCUUCAACCAGUAUUCCGACAAUCAGAUCUGGCGGGCACUAGCACAGGCUCAUCUCAAGACGUUUGUGGAGACGCUACCUGACGGACUGGAACACGAGUGUAGCGAAGGAGGGGAAAAUAUGAGUGUCGGCCAGCGGCAGCUCUUGUGUCUGGCCAGAGCUCUUCUGAAGAAGACCAGGAUCCUGGUACUGGACGAGGCUACAGCUGCCGUUGACAUGGAAACAGAUGACCUGAUCCAACAGACCAUUAGGUCAGAGUUCAAGGACUGCACGGUGCUGACCAUCGCCCACAGACUGAACACCGUAAUGGACUACGACAGGAUCCUGGUCCUUGACAACGGCUGUGUAUGUGAGUUUGACACACCCUCCUCCCUGCUGCAACAGCCUGACAGCAUCUUCUACAACAUGGCCAAAGCUGCAGGGUUGACAUAAUACAUAUCAUUUGGGUUGUACAUUUUUAUAUUGAUUCAACUACAAAAUAAACAGCAGGAUAUUG